AUGUUCGUCCGUUACCGGCGCCGCCUCCCGUACUUCCUCGCAUCUUCAAGUGCUUCGUCCGCCGACGCCGACGGCCAUUGGCACCACAACGGCGGAAUUGGCUACACGGGCCCGACGGUAUGCUCGGUGCCGUACACUUGCGUCGUCUCAAACCUAUACUACAACCGGUGGUCGGUGUCCAUUUCAUAUUGCUUUGUUCUCUUCCACGUGUACACUCCCGAUGAUCCAUGA